AUGGCCGAUUUAGGGGGUCAGCAAGGCCGGAACUACCGGCCUUACGGACAUCCCUCCGCUUUCCAGCGUGAUGCAGCAUUUUCCGAGAUUUUCGGCGGAGCACCUGGACGCUCUCAAACUAUGACCUCCCAGACUCCCCAGUUCUCCCAGGAUCGGGCCCAUACAAUGUCAUCACACGUGCCGCACCCGCAAAUGCAGAGGGGUCCGCCACCACCCGCGCGCCAGAUGCAGAAUGGAUACGCCCCGGGAACUCCGAACGGUCGCUACCAAACGCUGGAUUCGAGACCGAACCCCGGGCCACAAUACCCGGAUCCAAAGGGUUAUGCUCGACCGCCGCCCCACCCGGCCCUGAACUCAGACAGCUACAGAUCAAGGUCAAUGGCAAGGUUAGGAGGGCCACCGAUGUAUCAGCCACCAUCCAGUGGCUUCAAUCAUACUUCUGCAGAAUAUUCCCGCCAGAAGCCUUAUAACGCAGCAGCCCCUAUGACACCCCAAGGACGACCAGUCCCGGAGAGACAUCACAAUGAGCGCUCCAUGUCAUUGACCACGUAUGCCACUGAUCGCGACCAUGCCCAUACGACACAGACUGGGCGGGUGAUUCCGCCCAGACGACAGCCUUCUGGUCCUAGCGAGCCCCCAGAAAACCCAUAUCCGGCGGAUGCGACGAGCGCCUACGAUGUCGGCGGAAAGCCUCGGCCCCCAAGCGAUGGUUCCAUGAAUUCACGUACCAUGUCUAUGGCAUCCACUGUUGUACCGGAUCGUACUAUGAGCAUGCAAAGUCAGAUUGCUCAGAAACCAAGCAACCAGUCGACUCUUGUCCAAAGCAAUUCUCGUCGGAAUAAAGUGCCGCUAGUUUACCCAGCCUUGCUGUCGCGAGUGGCAGACGUCUUCCGUGAGAGGAUUGCGCUCGGUGAACGGCAGAAGAACGGACUGUCAUAUCAGAAUGCCUUCAGUGGUGCGGAGGCGGUGGAUUUGAUUGGCUUCAUCAUCAAGACUCUUGAUCGCAACUUGGCUCUUCUGCUGGGGCGCGCUUUGGAUGCGCAGAAGUUCUUCCACGAUGUGACAUACGAUCACCGGCUCCGAGAUGCUCCCGGUGAGAUUUACCAAUUCAAAGAAACCAUGGGGGAGGAAGCACCCAGUUCGGAUGUAAAUGGAGUUUUCACCCUAUUGACCGAAUGCUACUCGCCGACAUGUACCCGUGACAGCUUAUGCUACUCAAUUGCUUGCCCCAGAAGGCUGGAACAACAAGCUAGACUCAACCUGAAACCGCAGCCGGGACUCCGUUCGUCCGCCUCCAAGGGCAGUCUGCACGGAGAUGAUGAUGAUAACGACAAUCAAAAGCUGUGGAUCAACAUGGUUCCUAAGGAGAUCUCUGAUAGUAUUGACGAUCGCGAGAAAAAACGUCAAGAAAUCAUCUUUGAGAUCAUGUACACGGAACGCGACUUCGUUAAGGAUCUCGAGUACUUGCGGGACUUCUGGAUGAGGCCAUUGCGGUCUGCAGCCAACGCUACUCUCUCACCAAUCCCAGAACAUCGACGAGAGAAGUUCAUUCGCACCGUAUUCGGAAACUGCUUGGAGGUUUUGAAGGUCAACGGCGGAUUGUGCGAGGCUCUUAACGCUCGACAGAAAGAGAAUCAUGUCGUCAAGACAGUCGGUGACAUAUUCCUGCAGCAUGUGCCUCGCUUCGAUCCGUUCAUCAAAUACGGUGCCAAUCAGCUAUACGGAAAGUACGAGUUUGAGAAGGAAAAGGCAUCGAACCCGGCUUUUGCGAGAUUCGUUGAGGAGACGGAACGGCUUAAAGAAUCACGAAAAUUGGAAUUGAAUGGAUAUCUCACCAAGCCUACCACUCGUCUAGCAAGAUACCCCUUGCUUCUCGAGCAGGUGGCUAAAAACACCGCGGACGACAACCCUGACAAGCAAGACAUCCCUAAUGCCAUUAAGCUUAUCAAGGACUUUUUGUCACGCGUCAAUGCCGAGAGUGGAAGGGCUGAAAACCAUUUCAACCUCGUGCAGCUCAACUCAGCCUUGAAGUUUCCCCCAGGCGAAUACGUUGAUCUCAAGCUGACCGAAGAAAACCGCCAAAUGCUGACAAAAAUGGCGUUCAAAAAGACGCCCACAGACAGUUCUGAGGUCACUGCCUACCUUUUCGAUCAUGCAGUUCUCCUGGUGAGAAUCAAAAUCGUGAACAAGCGAGAAGAGUACCGAGUAUACAGGAAACCCAUCCCUCUGGAACUUCUGGUCAUCGCUCAAAUGGAUGAAGUGAUCCCCAGGGUUGGCGUCGCUAAGAGGCCAUCCUCGAGUUUACUUCCCAACAAGACUGCUGCCAACCCUCCUACAACCAAAGAUGGCCUUCCCAUCACCUUUAGGCAUCUCGGCAAGGGCGGGUACGAGCAGACUUUGUACGCCACUUCUCCUACGCAGAGGAGGAAAUUCAUUGAGAUGGUGGAAGAGCAGCAAAGAAAGCUCAGGGAGCGGAACAGUAAUUUCUACAACAAGACUGUUCUUUGCGAGAAGUUCUUCACGUCCGUCAACCGGGUGAACUGCCUUGUUCCAGUGGACGGUGGCAGGAAGCUCGUGUAUGGUACAGAUAGCGGCAUUUACCUUUCUGAACGUUGGCCAAAGGAUAAGUCGGCUAAGCCCAGACGAGUUCUCGACGUUAGCCAGGUUACACAGAUGGACACUUUGGAGGAGUAUCAACUACUCCUGGUCCUCUCGAAUAAGACGUUAUCGUCUUACCCUAUGGAUGCUCUCGAGAUAAGUGAAAACCAGAAUACGGUAGCAAAGCGACCCAAGAAGAUCCAAGGACAUGCAAACUUCUUCAAGGCAGGGAUCGGACUUGGACGCCACCUGGUGUGCUCCGUCAAGACAUCGGCUUUAUCGACGACUAUCAAGGUCUACGAGCCCAUGGAUAACCUGGCGAAAGGCAAGAAGAAGUCCGCUGUUAGCAAGAUGUUCCAGAGUGGCCAGGAUAGUCUGAAGCUCUUCAAGGAAUUCUACAUUCCUGCCGAAUCGUCGUCGAUUCACUUUCUUCGUUCGACUCUUUGUGUCGGCUGUGCACGUGGUUUCGAGGUUGUCAGUCUCGAGACCACCGAGACACAGUCCCUUUUGGAUCAGGCUGACACCUCGCUCGACUUCGUUGCGCGCAAGGAGAACGUGAAACCGAUCCAUAUCGAACGCAUGAACGGGGAGUUCCUUUUGAACUACAGUGACUUUUCUUUCUUUGUCAACCGCAAUGGCUGGCGCGCACGGCCCGACUGGAAGAUUUCAUGGGAGGGUAACCCCAACGCCUUUGCUCUCUCCUACCCUUAUAUUCUUGCGUUUGAGUCGAAUUUCAUUGAAAUCCGGCACAUCGAAACGAGUGAACUCGUUCAUAUUAUGACCGGAAAGAACAUCCGCAUGCUACAUUCUUCCACCCGAGAGAUUCUGUAUGCCUAUGAAGAUGAAUCGGGUGAAGACGUGGUAGCCAGUUUGGAUUUCUGGAACAAGCCGCAACAGUAG